UUGAUUGUUUUGACGUUUACAUUUACACCAUAUGGAACGUUAGAUGGUUCUGAAACUUUAUUGAAAAUGGAUAGAGAAACAGAAUUGUUAAAAAUAAAUGAGGAACUCCGUAAGAAAAUUGAGGAGUUAGAAAGGAAAAACAAUGUAGUAAGACAAAAAAUUCCAGAAAUGUCCUCUAAAGUUGUAGAUAGUAAUCCCUACAGCCGAUUAAUGGCUCUGAAAAAGAUGGGAAUUGUCAAAAAUUAUGAGCAGAUCAGAACUUACUGUGUGGCUAUUGUUGGUAUUGGCGGAGUGGGUAGUGUAGCUGCUGAAAUGUUAACACGUUGUGGUAUUGGAAAAUUGCUUUUGUUCGACUAUGAUAAAGUUGAAUUGGCAAACAUGAAUAGGUUAUUCUUUCAACCUCACCAGUCUGGACUCAGUAAAGUUGAGGCUGCAGCAGAAACUCUUCGAAACAUCAAUCCAGAUGUUGAAAUAUUGACAUUCAAUUAUAAUAUCACACUCUUAGACAAUUUUGAAAAUUUUCAAAGCUCCCUCAUACAUCAAGGAAUGAAUGGGAAAAAUGUUGAUACAGUGCUCAGUUGUGUAGACAAUUUUGAAGCUAGAUUGACGAUCAAUACUGUGUGUAAUGAAAACAAUUUGAAUUGGUUUGAAUCUGGUGUUGCAGAAAAUGCUAUUUCAGGGCAUAUCCAAUUUAUUAAUCCAGGAAAGACAGCUUGUUUUGCUUGUGUACCUCCACUAAUAGUUGCCUCUAAUAUUGAUGAGAAAACUUUAAAAAGGGAUGGAGUUUGUGCAGCAAGCUUACCAACUACAAUGGCAAUAGUAGCUGGGUUCCUAGUUCAAAAUUGUUUGAAAUAUCUCCUUGGUUUUGGAGAAGUAGCAAACUAUCUUGGUUAUAAUGCAUUAAAUGAUUUCUUUCCUACUAUGAGUCUGAAGCCAAAUCAGAAUUGUGAAGACAGGUUUUGUAGAAAGAGACAACAGGAAAAAGCUAGUGAAGUGAAGGAAGAAAUACUUGUAAAAGUGGAUGAAGAAGCACCCUUACAUGAAGAUAACGAGUGGGGUAUAUCAUUGGUUGAUGAGAGUGUGGAAGAGCAAAAAGCAUCAGUUGGUGUUGCAGGCAUUGAAUUUGCCUAUACAUUAGCAACUAACAACUCAAAAGAAGAACCAGAGGUUGCAACUACUGAUGAUGUCAAAUUAGAAGAUCUCAUGGCACAAAUGAAAUCCAUUUGAACAGUUAUUGAAUGAAGAAAUUCCAUUUUAUAAAACUGAAAAUUUUACUACUUGUUGAAAAUAAUUGGUAUUACUCUUUUGUGCAGUAUAUUUUCUUAUUUUAUCUUAUAAUUCAUUUUAAAUUAGUACAUGAAUAUGUUUCUAAAUCAUCAUAUUAAAUAAUUUGUUCUAUAUUUUUAUUAAACAAGUUUUAUAAUGA